AUGUCGCACGACCGCUCCGGGGAGAUCGCCAACAUCGACGACCUCGAUCCCGGCCAGGAGUACUACAUCAUCGGCGCGCAUUGGGGCGCAGCCCUGCACGCGUCGAAGGUUGGUGAUAAGGUGGAUAUGACGACGGGGCACGGCGGCGCAUGGAACCCGGGACAGUCGGGUGGUGAGAAGAUGGGUACGCCGUUCUGUUGCCGGUGGACCAUCCAGCGCGCGGACGGCGGCUAUAACAUCAGGAGCGUCGAGCACGGGUCGCGCUCGGAGGGGUCCUCUGUGGGCCUCACCGCGUCGAAGGGGUCCUCUGCGGGCCUCGCCGCGUCGAAAGAACCCUUCGCGUGGACGGUCGAGCCUCAGAACAAGGGCGACGGGGUGUUCCGCUUCACCGUCCCGCAUACCGAGGUCCACGUCGACUUUUCGAGCGUCGCGAGCGUCGACCAGUCUGCCGGCGGGGAAGACACUGAAGUCGACUUCGCCGCCAGCGACCAAACCACCGAAUCGGACUUCGCCGCCAGCGAACUAACCACUGAAUCGGACUUCGCCGCCAGCGAGCUAACCACUGAAGCCGACUUCGCCGCCAGCGAGCUAACCACUGAAUCGGACUUCGCCGCCAGCGAGUCCGACGAGGCCGCCUUCGCGCGCGAGAUGGCCGCCGCUGGGCAUAACUUCGAUCCGAACUUCAAAGCUGGUGGCGAGCUCAACGCUGGCGGCAGCGUCGAGGCUAAUGGUGGUACCGACGUCGAGGCUAACGGUGGCAGCAGCGUCGAGGCUAACGGUGGCAACACCGCCGAAGAAGGCGCAGGUCCGACACUGCACGCCUUCGGCCGGCCGUACGGCUUCCCGCCGGGGUACUUUAGCAAGUGA